GCUUAGAAUAAUAAAUACUCGGACUUGGGGAGGAGGACCAGAGAGUGAUGGGGGUGAAGACAACCCUGAGGGGGGUUCCUGGAGCACCAGCGAUCUGAAAACAGGCAGCAGCUGACACAUCGGUGACCUUUUCCCUACAUUUGGCUAUUUUUAGCUCUAAUGCCACCAUCCUCACGAAACUCUCUGGGGCCCCCCAGGCUCCCAAACCUUUGAGCAACCCUCACCGCGCAGAAACUGCCCUGCCCUGCAAUUCCCACCGCGGAAGGUGGGUGGGUUCUGGUUCCGGUCCCGCGUUUUACCCCACCCCGAUUUGCGGGUAGGUGUCAGGUUCCUGGUGAGGGCGGGGUGGGGGUGACUAGGUCUGAAGGACGUGGGGACACGGGCCAGAGUGGCUAGCCCCACACACGGACAGGAGUGAACCCGAGCCGUGCUGACCAACCCCCAGGAUGGCAGAAGCGCACCAGGCCGUGGCCUUCCAGUUCACGGUGACCCCAGAAGGGGUCGACUUCCGGCUCAGUCGGGAGGCCCUGAAACACAUCUACCUGUCUGGAAUCAACUCCUGGAAGAAACGCCUGAUUCGCAUCAAGAAUGGCAUCCUCAGGGGCGUGUACCCUGGCAGCCCCACCAGCUGGCUGGUCGUCGUCAUGGCAACAGUGGGUUCCUCCUACUGCAACUUGGACAUCUCCUUGGGGCUGGUCGGUUGCAUCCAGAGAUGCCUCCCUCGGGGGUGUGAGCCCUACCAGACACUGCAGACCCGGGAACUUCUUAGCAUGGCCAUCUUCUCCACGGGCGUCUGGGCAACAGGCAUCUUCUUCUUCCGCCAAACUCUGAAGCUGCUGCUUUCCUACCAUGGGUGGAUGUUUGAGAUGCAUGGCAAGACCAGCCACUUGACCAGGAUCUGGGCUAUAUGUAUCCGCCUUCUAUCCAGUCGGCGCCCCAUGCUCUACAGCUUCCAGACGUCUCUGCCCAAGCUUCCUGUGCCCAGGGUGUCAGCCACAAUUCAGCGGUACCUAGAGUCUGUGAGGCCCUUGUUGGAUGAUGAGGAAUAUUACCGCAUGGAGAUGCUGGCUGAAGAAUUCAAGGAGAAGACUGCCCCCAGGCUGCAGAAAUAUCUGGUGCUCAAGUCAUGGUGGGCAACUAACUAUGUGAGUGACUGGUGGGAAGAGUACAUUUACCUUCGAGGCAGGAGCCCUCUCAUGGUGAACAGCAACUAUUAUGUCAUGGACCUUGUGCUCAUCAGGAAUACAGACGUGCAGGCAGCCCGUCUGGGAAACAUCAUCCAUGCCAUGAUCAUGUAUCGCCGUAAACUGGACCGUGAAGAAAUCAAGCCUGUGAUGGCACUGGGCAUGGUGCCCAUGUGCUCCUACCAGAUGGAGAGGAUGUUCAACACCACUCGGAUCCCGGGCAAGGAGACAGAUACGCUACAACACCUCUCGGACAGCCGGCACGUGGCUGUCUACCACAAAGGACGCUUCUUCAAGCUGUGGCUCUAUGAGGGCUCCCGUCUGCUCCAGCCUCGGGAUCUGCAGAUGCAAUUCCAGAGAAUCCUGGACGACCCCUCCCCGCCUCAGCCUGGGGAGGAGAAGCUGGCAGCCCUCACUGCAGGAGGAAGGGUGGAGUGGGCGCAGGCACGCCAGGCCUUCUUCAGCUCCGGAAAGAACAAGGCUGCCUUGGAGGCCAUCGAGCGUGCCGCUUUCUUUGUGGCCCUGGAUGAGGAGUCCUACUGGUACGACCCCGAAGAUGAGGCCAGCCUCAGCCUCUAUGGCAAGGCCCUGCUACAUGGCAACUGCUACAACAGGUGGUUUGACAAAUCCUUCACUCUCAUUUCCUUCAAGAAUGGCCAGUUGGGUCUCAAUGCAGAACAUGCGUGGGCAGACGCUCCCAUCAUUGGGCACCUCUGGGAGUUUGUCCUGGGCACAGACAGCUUCCACCUGGGCUACACAGAGACUGGGCACUGCCUGGGCAAACCAAACCCUGCUCUGGCACCUCCUAUGCGACUGCAGUGGGACAUUCCAAAACAGGUGGCCAAGGCACUGGCAGACGAUGUGGAGUUGUACUGCUUCCAGUUUCUGCCCUUUGGCAAAGGCCUCAUCAAGAGGUGCCGGACCAGCCCGGAUGCCUUUGUGCAGAUUGCACUGCAGCUGGCUCACUUCCGGGACAGGGGUAAGUUCUGCCUGACCUAUGAGGCCUCAAUGACCAGAAUGUUCCGGGAGGGACGGACUGAGACUGUGCGUUCCUGUACCAGUGAGUCCACAGCCUUUGUGCAGGCCAUGAUGGAGGGGUCCCACGUGAAAGCAGACCUGCGAGAUCUCUUCCAGAAAGCUUCUAAGAAGCACCAGAAUAUGUACCGCCUGGCCAUGACAGGGGCAGGGAUCGACAGGCACCUCUUCUGCCUUUACUUGGUCUCCAAGUACCUGGGAGUCAGCUCUCCUUUCCUGGCUGAGGUGCUCUCGGAACCCUGGCGCCUCUCCACCAGCCAGAUCCCUCAAUCCCAGAUCCGCAUGUUCGAUCCAGACCAGCACCCCAACCACCUGGGUGCUGGAGGUGGCUUUGGCCCUGUAGCAGAUGAUGGCUAUGGGGUUUCCUACAUGAUUGCAGGCGAGAACAUGAUCUUCUUCCAUGUCUCCAGCAAGUUCUCAAGCUCAGAGACGAAUGCCCAGCGCUUUGGGAACCACAUCCGCCAAGCCCUACUGGACAUCGCUGAUCUUUUCCAAGUUCCCAAGGCUGACAGCUGAAGGUUGGAGAAAUGCCAGCUGCCCUUUUGUCCCCACAUGGUGGAGGAAGGGGCCUGUGGCGGCUCACAGGCGUGAGGGGUGGCCGUGCACAGGUGCCCAGCUUCCAAGGACAGCUCUGGCAGCAGGCCCUCGCUGGGCAGAUGCAUGUCCCUGAGGGCCCAGGGGUGGAGGUGGGCUUGGAACAGGAGGGAAUUUUGAUUUUUUUUUUUCUCGACAGAUACUAAUAAAAAUAAGGCUAAUUUUCUCUCAGCCCUUAGGUACCUGUGUUUUGUGUGGGAAUUAGGAGACCAUCCCCCUUACCCCAGCUCAGACCAGAGAGGUAGCAAGAAAAGGACUAGGGCUGAGAGACUAUUGAUGAAGGACUUGUGUGAUCUGCAUUGAAAUGUGUGGCUUUGCCGAGUGAUGUAGGCUCUGAGAUAGCUGUCCAUGCCCACAUAUGUGCUUGGAAUAAAUUCCUGCUUCAGAACCUUCA